UUUGUUUUGUGUUUCUCAUUAAAAUUUACAAUAUUUUUGAUGAUUUAAAAUAGUAAACUAAAAUGUUUAAAACUUGUCCAGAUCCUAUAGAUGUUCAAGACCUACAGUUUAAAUUACAUUGUAGACUAAAAGUUUUCGAUAAUAAGUUACUAGAUACUUUUCCUAAGUCAAACAGUUUAGUUUCAUGUGCUAGUCGGUAUGGAUUAUUGUUUGUAGGCUCCAAUACUUCUAAUUUGCAAGUUAUUCAAGUAAAAUGUGUGGAAAACUACACUCCUAAAGACAAAGAUAUUUCAAACUACUCUAGGCGGAAUGUCCCAUUACCAUCGCGCCCACAACACAUAUGUGUGAACUGUGACAGUACUAUUUUAGCAGUUGUAACAGAAAGAGAUAACUGCCCUAGUGUUGCAUUUUACGAUGUAUUUUCAUUUCUCAAACAAAAUAUUUCAAUAAUUAAGGAGGUACGCCUUUCCUCUACUCCCGGUACAUAUGUUAAGGAAAUUGGUUGGAAUCCCACUUUACCAUUAAUAUUUACGGCAUGUAAAAGUGACGGAACUCUGGGAGUUUAUGAAAUUAAAGGAGUCUCAAUAAACAUCAAUGAACUCCCCGCAGCCUCCGAAGCUACCUGUUUCUGUUGGAGCCCUAAGGGAAAACAAAUAGCUGUCGGUUCAAGGAACAGUCGAAUCACUCAGUACAAACCGGACUUAAAAGCAGUGAAAGUUGUCAAUCAACCACCCCUAGAGGGAGCUCACUCUCUUAUUUCCCUUCAGUGGGUGUCUAAUUAUCAGUUUAUUGGGAUUUAUCAGUCGGCGGAGCCAGAAGGCACCGCUAAACUAAUUGUCGUUGAUGCUCCAAAAACUGGCGAUCCAGUGUACACGAAUUAUGAAGAUGUUUGCUACAGCGGCACGACUAGGUUGCCGCAGUUCUACAUGAUCCUUCAACAACACUGGAAUAUUCUUAUGGUGGCAUCUUCCAACAGCACCGAGUUGGGAGUGUUAGGUAGUACUGGCGAUACUUGGACGCAGUGGAUAAUUUCAGACUCGGCAAGACCGGAACUUCCUCUAAGUCCCGAUAGGCAAGAAACUCUACCUGUCGGUUUAGCCCUGGAUAUCAGUUCUACACGACCUUUACCUUGGAACGAGUCAACCAUUCCACCCUGCCCCUAUUUGCUUAUACUUUCUCACCACGGGGUCUUGUGUUUCUUCAGCGUGGUGAACUUAAAGGAAGGUGUCCCCAGCAUAUGCGCCCCUCCUGAUCCCGUUUCUGAUUUAAGUGGAAUUCAACAGUUCGUUACACCCGUGGAAAAUACACCUAUUCAACCGACUGAGUCCGCUCAGGUACCGCCUCCAAGUGUAAGCGUUACUCCAGUGAGUCAAGCUACGGUGUUCGGAGCCAAGGUUCUAACUCAGCCUCAACCGACUUAUGCAGCACCUGCGACAUUAUUCGGUGCUAAACCGACGGAUAAUAAACCGCUAUUUGGAGGUCAAACCACCUUAACUCCAAUAAAACCCCAGCAGUCCGCCGCACAACCAUCAUUUGGAGGCCAAACUUUCAUAACUCCCAUAAACAAACAACAAACCGGCACUGCUAAUGUUACGGUUAAUCCCGCCGAAAAGUACUCUGCGAUAUUUUCGGCUUUGAAUACACCCACAGCCAUACCCGCAACCACUGAUAAUAAAACUAUAACUAUUCCCAUUCUAAAUAUCCCAAAACCUGCGCCACCUGUUGAGCAGUCAGUUGCGGCUCAACAAAAUGUUAGCGUGACUUCCGUGAAGCCUGUAGAGCCUCCAAAGCCGGUGGCAAAUUUAAAAAUCAAGGAGGAAACCGACGUUCUGCUGGCUCAAAUGUUGAGAGAUGAAAGCACCUCUCUAGAAUCCGAACUUAAGGCGUUGUUGCAUCAAGGCAGGUUAGUCAACAUCACCAUCGGUUCUGAAGAUGAAAAGAUUGAGUUAGUUACGAAGAUAGAAUAUCUACAGGAGUUUAUCAAGGAGAUCGUCGACAUCAGCAUCGGCGAAAACGCAGAGGUACAUUACUUGAAGCAAAACCUGAUACAAUCGUGGGCGUGGUACGAGGAAGCUCGUUCGAGAUACAACGCUUCAAAAGACGAGACGGUGUCGUUACUAUUAAGAUCUCAACCGUUGGAUUCGGCCACAGAGAAGAAGCAGGCCGACAUAAGGAAGAUGAUGUAUUAUAUAGAAUCUCAAAUAACACAGGCCAGUAAGGCUUUAGACGAACAGUGGGAUAAUUUCCAAGACUAUGCCAAGAAGGUGCACAGGACGAAAAUGCCCACGAUGGAGGCCAUCUUUCAAGCGAUGGUAAGGCAAAACGUGAUUGUGCAGAAACAGUGCUACGUACUGAAAGAUAUAGCGGGUAGAUUGAAGGGUAGGGGUCGUGCUCCUAACGUUCCCUCGCUUCUUCUUUCCAUAGAGAAUACUAAAGACCUGGAAGACAGCCUGAACCGUCUAAAAAUAGAACACCCCCAAGAUAUGCGCCAGGUGCAGUACCAGCGUGUCUUAAACAGGAUGAAGAACCUCUCCGAAACGAAAACAAACAAACUACGAAAUUUACUAAAAAAUCAGGAUGUGUUCCAUAUAACUGCCGCCAAACCACAGUUAUCUUCCUCUCUCAUGCUCCAAUCGCCAGAGAGUAAAAGCAAACGUCUACUCUCGAAUUUGGCAACUGUAGGAACACCCUUAUCUCCCCUAUCGGUAACGGCGCCUGUACCGAAAGCUUUGAGUUUUGCACAUUCUACACCCAUUCGCGAAACUAAACCCGAGAUUAAACCAAUGGAAGCCCUGCCGAGUACAACCCAAACAGACGCCAAACUGUUCACUUUUAAGAAAGCGGAAAAAAGUAAUUUAACCGCUACAACCAACACAUUCAUACCGCUUUCUAAGAGCGCUUCUGUCUUCAGCAAUUUACCCCAAGAAAAUCUAACGCAGGCUCCCCUGGCAACUCACACCCCGUCAGCUUUCGUACCGACACAAGUUUUCGGAGGCGGCAGUAAGUUCAGUUUUACUUCCACCACUACUACAACAACAGCCUCUGCGACGAGAACCGCCCCCAUCAGUGCAACACCCGCGCCUACUUAUUCCUUUGCCGCCGGCAGUUCCACUUUACCAAAAUUCAGUGCUCCCACGACCCCUAAAACACCUGACACCGUGACAAACCUACCGAAACCGACUUUGCCACAGUUUAGUUUCGGAGGCGGAUUGACGAUUGCUCCCAUCGGAGCAAUUAAGAAAGACGUUACGACAACCGUUGCUGCGAACACACCCACGUUUGGAUCAGCCGCUACCACAAAACCCAGUUUUAGUUUUGGUGGCACUUCGAGUCUUUUCGGCGCAAAGGCCGCCGCCGGGGUUAGUCCCUCUCCUCAGGCAAUCGUUACAACCACCAGUAAUCUUUUCUUUACGCAAAUCAACAAGCCCCCGAGCGACACCGCAACCUCUACACCUCCGAGCACUUUUGGAAAACUUUCUGCUUUUAGCGCAGUGACCACCGGCGCUUCGAAUGCAGUUAAGAAUGAAGAUUUGACCCAAACGAAACCAUCCGCCGUUACAAGUAAGUUCACUACCGAUGCCGGGUUAACAAAAUCAGCCACAACGUCUAGCAGCUUCUAUGGUUUCGGUGGGGCUACCACGGUCGCUAAGCCCACGUUAACCAGUGUGGAUUCCACGAAACUUUCAACAAUCAGUGCAACUGUAGCACCUUCCGUGUUUGGUACAGCAGCAGCAAAACCUUUAUAUCAGACUAGUUCAGCUCCUAGUACAACUACUGAAGUUACUUCUACAAAGCAAUCUUCGACGUUUAGUACCCCUUCAACCACCGCUUCAAUCAGUACCGUUUCUAGUGGUACAUUGACGUUUAACGUUACCACGUCUACUUCUACAAAGCCAAUUACAUCUCCAACUUCUAGUGCCGGUACGGGAGUCUCGGUUCCGAGUUUAUUUUUCGGUGGAGCGCAAAGUGCAUCUACCGUUAGCUCCACUGUUCCGUCAAGCACAGUUUUUAGUUCUAAUACUCCUAUUGUCACAACUAAACCGUCUGUUUUUGGUUUGGCUACGGCAAUACCCCAAAUAACUUUGGCGACCCCAGCUUUGUCCUCGCAGUUAGGUUUUAGUGUAGGAAGUCCGCAACUUCAGGAGACAAGUACAUCCAGUGGUGUAAGUCAGACUACUAGUGGUACCGCAGUGACAGUCACGCAGCUGCAAAUCUUUGGGACGAACAAAAGUACUGUUUCUGGGGAUAGUACGACUACCCAGCCUGUUUUUGGCCCUGCUAAGACAACUGCCGCUCAGCCGUCUGGUUUUGAAGGUGCACAAAGUACUACUUCUGGAGUUAGUACCGCUACUCAACCAACUUCUGUUUUUGGCAAUACAAAGACGACUGCGACAAGUCAACCAUCCGUCUUUGAUUCGGCAGUCACAUCCUCACAACCCUCUAUUUUUGGAGGAAGUCAAAGUACCACUUCUGGAGUUAGUACCGCUGCUCAACCGACCUCCGCUUUUGGUGCUGGGAAAACAGUAGUCACAAGCCAACCUUCUAUUUUUAGUUCUGCGGUCACAUCUUCGCAACCCUCUAUUUUUGGAGGAGCUCAAAGUACUACUUCUGGAGUUAGUACAACUACUCAACCAACCUCCACUUUUGGUGCUGGGAAAACAGUAGUCACAAGCCAACCUUCUAUUUUUAGUUCUGCGGUCACAUCCUCGCAACCCUCUAUUUUUGGAGGAAGUCAAAGUACCACUUCUGGAGUUAGUACCACUACUCAACCGACCCCCAUUUUUGGUGCUGGCAAAACGGUAGUCACAAGCCAACCUUCUAUUUUUAGCUCUGCGGUCACAUCCUCACAACCCUCUAUUUUUGGAGGAAGUCAAAGUACCACUUCUGGAGUUAAUACCGUUACUCAAUCAACCUCCAUUUUCGGCGCUGGUAAGACAGUAGCCACAAGCCAACCUUCCAUUUUUGGUUCUGCGGUCACAUCUAUACAGCCCUCUGUUGGUGAAGGAACCCAAAGUACCACUUCUCUAGCUGGUACCACUACACAAUCAACCUCAAUUUUUGGCGCUAGCAAGACAGCUCCCACAAGCCAACCUUCAGUUUUCGGUUCUGCAGUCACAUCCGCGCAACCCGCUAUUUUUGGUGGUGGUCAAAGUAUUAUUAGUGGAGUUAGUAGUACUACACCUACAACUUCUAUUUUCAAUGCUGGUAAUACUGUUUCUCCUACCCAGUCAACUGUUUUUGGUGCCGCAGCACCGUCUACGAAACCCUCCAUUUUUGGUUCUUCCACCACUGCCAAAACUACCGCCAUAUCAAUUUUUGGAAAUGCCAACACUACGACAACCCAGUCAUCGAUAUUUGCUAUUCCAUCUACAAGUUCGUCUGCUAAUCCGUCAAUUUUUGGUGCAACAUCUGCCUCCAAUCAGUCAUCUCUUUUUGGAAUGAAUCAAGCAAGCAGCACUCAAGGUUCUAUAUUUGGGGGAGCUGCAAGCGCCAGUUCAGCUCCCAUUUUUGGUUCCACAGCAGAAACCUCACCUGCACAAACUUCUAUAUUUGGUGGUGUGAAAGCAACUUCCACCACUAAACCGUCUAUUUUUGGUGCGCCUCAAACAAGCACCAGCCAAAAUUCUAUAUUUGGUGGAAGCACCGUCCCAUCUACACAGACCCCGAUAUUUGGUGCACCUAGUACCAGCGCUACAUCGCCAUUUUCCUCUGGGUUUGGUACAACAUCUACUUUGUCGUCUCCGUUUGGACAAACGAGUCCCAGUUUUGGUGUCCCUAAGACAACUGCAAGUACAUUUAGUUCCGGUUUUGGAAGUCCGACAGGAUUUGGUGCCACUCCAUCUACAACAUCCUCGAUUUUUGGUCAACCAGCAUCAUUUGGAAACACCUCUACGUCAGUAUUUGGCACUCCUACGACUGCUACGAACAUGUUCGGAUCUUCUACAUCUACCUUUGGAGCUAACACUUCAGCUAAUGUAUUUGGACCGGCUGCUUCUUCGUCGUCGUUCAGCUUUGCUGGAACUCCGAGCAAUGCUACUAAUACCGGAGCGUUUGGUUUUGGGGGGUUAAAUGUCGGUAGCCCUGCGACAACUAACAGCGUUUUUGGUGGAGGUGCGUCUUUCGGGCAAGCAACAGCAGCCAAUCCUUUCGGUAGGACCACCGAACAAAAGUCCCCAUUCGGUGGUGGUAGUACGAGCAUCUUUGGCAAUGCUGCGUCUUCUUCUGGCUCUGUAUUUGGUUCCAAUACUGGUUCGACCUUCAGCAGUAACACGCAAGGUGGUUUUGGUACUUCAGGCUUCGGAUCCCCCUCAACUUUCGGUCAACAGUCGACGUUCGGCCAGAGCUCCUUCGGUAAUACCUCUUUCGGAAGUCCACAGCCGGGCCCGUUUAGCGGUGGAUCGGGAGCUGUGGCGCAGACUGGUUUUGGAUCUCCACAGAGCUUUGCUAAGCCCUCGGGAUUUGGCUCUUCGCCCGUAUUUGGUGGGUCGCCUCAACCCGCGUUUGGAGCUGCUCCUAGUUUUGGGGGUGCCCCGGCCUUUGGCGCGGCUCCCGCUUUUGGUAGUCCCAACAAAAUAUUUGGAGGAAAUACACCAACUGCUUCAUUCGGUUCCGCCUCAACCGGUAAUGCUGGAUUUGGCAAUUUGGCUAAUCAAAAUACUGUGGGAUUUGGCAAUCUUGCUCAGCAAGCUGCAUCUCAAAAUUCUGCACCAUUUUCUGGAUCGUCUUCAUUUUCAACUUGGCGGUAAGGAGCUUCUAACCUUUUCUUUUAUAUAAUCUGUUCUUAUAUCGAUAUAUUAUAAUUAAAAACAAAAAUUAUACA